AGCAGUACGCAAAUGGACCCCAAGGGACUGCCCUAUGCCCCCAGUGCUUGAGAACAUGUCUGUGAAAAUAUCAUACACCCUGAACGCGUCAAUAGCGACCUACAUGUGCGAUGGCAACUACACAGUCUGCAGCGACUACGACAACGUCUUGCGAUGUGAAGGCGAGCUGGGGUGGAAGGAAGAGCCAAUCCCGUGUGUGAAAGCUGUUGAAAAUAUCUCGUUUCAGGGUGAAAAUUCUUCAGUUAUUUUUGGCUGCCCUUUUAAACUCGGGACACGCAUAGAAGCCUGGCUCAAGCCAAAUGGGAGUAUACCGAGGUACCAAGUAAGUCUGGAGACGAAGAACUCCAGCGAAGAGAUAAUCGGAUUAGGGUUUGACGCGGUCUCUGCGGGGGAAUUCCUCACACGAUACACCGGAAGUCCUGAACAAGCGACAUCUGUUGACUUCCCAGCCCUUCAGCGAGACGCCGAGUACCAUUUUGUGUUCACGUUUUACAGUGAUAGCAUUCAGGCUACAGUUGAUGGUGUGUUGAUCUGGAACUAUCCCCACUACCAGAUGUCGCACCGUAUAGGAUCUCUAGCAGUAGCUGGUCUCAGCAUCCGGCAGAUAGGGGUCACCGUGAGCAGAGAUACUGUAAAACAGCCGAUACCGUCAAAUCUUGCCUUGAAGAAAACAGCCACAUCCAGCACCAAUGGCGCGGGAGCCGAGCCGGGGGGGAUGGUUGACGGCGACGCGAACAAAACCUGCUGGUCUCAUGCAGAGAACGACACUGAUGCAUUUUGGGAGGUAGACUUACAGGGUUACUACUACAUCCGGGACAUCGUCGUCGGCAGCAGCACGUGCCCCUCUCAACCAUGCGACACAAAGCCCCAUGACUUCGAGAUCUCAGUGAGUGGGCACAGCGAGGAGGACAAGGUCUGCUAUCUGUAUCAAGGUGACAUGGAGCCAGACAGCACGGAGAGGUUGGUCUGUGGUGAGGAGGUGUUGGGCAGGUAUGUGAAGAUAGUGCCCAAAGCAAGAAGAGACAACUCCGAUCUCCUUACCUUAUGUGAAGUUGAGGUUUACGGGAGCAGCUUGAAACCUACUGCGUGGUCACCGUUUCACUGCGGCCCUCCCCCUGUGGAGGAGGAAAGUGUGACGUCACUCGCCUACUCUGCCACACAGGCAGUGGCGACCUACACCUGCAGGGACAACUACACCACGUGUGAUGACGUCAACUCCACCGUCAUGACAUGCUCCAGCGGUCAGCGUUGGAAAGGGACUCCCAUAAAAUGUGUUCAGAAUGUGUUUGAAUACACAGAUGUAAGAGAUAUUGAUGUUUUCGAGUUCCGGAAUACUUGUGACUUUACCGUAUUCUCAUCACUGGAGGUGUGGGCGACUCCUUCCCCUCAAGGAGCCAAGUUUUUCCUUGAGAUCGAGAACACCACCAUUGCCUUCACCGUGGAGCUGAAUUCGAACGACUCGACACUGAUCGGAUCAGUUGACUAUGGAAGCCAAACAACGUUGAUCAACACGAGCCUCUCUACCCCUGGAUCUGAACACCACUUGGUCUUUACCGUUAUGCCCGACAUCAUUCGUAUUGAGGUAGACAAGACGGAAAUGGCGCAAGUGCCUCAUUUUUUUGAAAGCCUUAAGAUUGAUUGUCUACGGUUCGAGAACAUCUCUGCCAGGAUGAUCAAGAUGAACAAUGGAAACCUGCGUGGGGUUCACAAAGUGCCCCUCGUCCAAAACAUGGCAUUACGAAAGAGAGCAGAGGCUUCAACGGGACCCGACCCAGCGUCUGUCGUUGAUGGCUCCCAGGCGACGUGUUGGGAAACAACAAGCAACGAUGCUGAUUCAUGGUGGCAGGUAGACCUCCAGGGAUACUACUACGUCAAGAGCGUCGGCAUCAGUCACGUGACCAGCUGCACCGCCUGCGAGAGAUAUCGUCAUGACUUCCAGGUGGAGGUCUACAAGACUAAUCCCCAAGUUUACCCUGAGUCUGACGUCUCGUCCUGCUAUACGUACCUGGCCGUGGUUCCAUCUCGUGAGAAGACCACUAUGGACUGUCUGCCUGACAGCUUUGGUCGCUAUGUCAGAAUCAAACGCGUGACCACGCCCCGCCCCGAUGACGUCAUGGCAUUGUGUGAAGUGGAGGUGUUUGUCUCUAAACCAGUCAAGGGGGAUGCAUGGACCCCCUUCAGCUGCCCCAAGCCUCCUCUAGCCGACCUGACCCCUCUGCGCAUGUCCUAUACAGCCACUGAAGCCAUGGCAACCUACCAGUGUCAAGAGGGAUUCAGUGUCUGUGCCGGAAGUGACGUCAUCAAGUGCAAUUCAAGUGCAGGAUGGCCGAGUCGUGACAUGUCAUGCAGACAGACAACGUUUGAAGUGCCGGGAGAUUUUCUAACAAGCGUGGAUGUCCAAUGUCCUCUGACUGUCGGCGAUGUCCUUGAGUCUUGGGUGUCCUCCAAGGAGAGAAUCUCGGUACUAAUGCUUCAAGCUGACAGUCAGGCGCAGUUUGCACUUGUAUAUGAGAUGUCACCUCGACAGUGGUAUGUUUCCCAUAGCACAAAUGCCGGAGAGCCUCAAACGAAAUACGUAGACAACAGUCCAUUUCUAAUCCCUGGCCAAGAGUGGCAUGUUGUCAUGGCCUUUCUAUCAGAGCACAUGCAUAUUGAGAUUAACGGUCGACCACUGGUGGUAUAUCCUCAUUACAUUCCACUCAGUCAGGUGCGCGUCGUCACCAGCAUAAUUGGAUUCAAACUCAGGAAAGUCAGCGUGUCUAAAUGGAGACAUGCCUUUCUAGAGGCGCCACUGACGAACCUUGCACACGACAGGACGUCCACGGCAAGCAGCAACGUCAGGACGGCGAUGUUGGUGGUGGACGGGAACGACAGGAACGACUGGAUGUCCGAUUCCUGUUGGUCAGCUGUGAAAUCGAGUGAUCCGGCAUGGUGGCAGGUGGACCUGGGUGGUUACUAUGUUGUCACAAAGAUUCAAGUAUCCAGCAUACAAACGUGUGAUUUAGAGUGCUCUUGGACCAAAAGGCUUCAUGAUUUCUCCAUUGAUGUGUUUAUGGAUGAUCCCACAACGACGGAAGACAAGGGCCGGCGGUGCUACACGUAUGAUGGCUUGUUUCCGAGCGGCACCACGCGGUCACUUGUCUGUCGGUCCUCCAUCCCCGGCAGGUACACCCGACUCACCAGACACAAAGUCAGACCACAAGACGAGUUCACUGUGUGCGAGGUUCAAGUGUACGGCAACAAGGUGGUAAAGAAAGAUUCCGGACCUUACGACUGUGUUCUCCCUCCUCCCCAUCUUGAUGGAGCCACAUCGGAUGUUCAAUACACAGAGACCCGGAUGCAGGCCAUCUACUCGUGCAAGACAGGUUAUGCACCUUGUGGUUUAGAGCCACCAACGUGCGCAUGCGCAGGUGGCAUCUGGCAAGCUAUCAGAGGAUCCUGCUACCGGUCAGCCUACAGAUACCCCCCAGUUAGCAGCAAGUCACUUCUACUGAAUUGCCCCAUUGUAUAUUCCACCAGCGUCCAUAUCUUUGCAACGCCAACACUGGGAAAAGACAUGUACAUCAGCUUACGCCACAACCUCCGAGGCUUUUUGACAUUGAGGAUCUUCUUCAACCAUAAGGAUUACCAGAAUGUCACAAGGGUAUCCAACAACAAGGGGGAUAUCCAGGCAGAUAUGUUUCCCUUUGUUAUCGGAGAGGAAUUCCAUCUGAUGAUCUCCUACUUUACCGACUAUUUCAAGAUUGAGGUCAACUCAGUUCCCUUGGUGACAGCAGUGUCAAGUACCGUCCAUGAUGGCAUCAUUGCUGACGUCGCGUUUUUUGGACCGAUGGCCGUGAGGGAACUGCGCUUUGAUAUGCCUGAUGAAAAAACCUACUACAAAGACAUCCAUGCAAAACCACACAGCAGAUACAAGUUUGUUGACCUUCCGAUUACAACCACUCAAACCACGAAAUACUUCCGGGUCAAGGCUUGUAAAGAUGUCGUCAUCGAUGUCAAGGGGGGUCUGUUCCUGGAGGACCACGUCCAGUUCACCCUUGGUGCCAGAGAGAAUACAAAGACGGACUGUACAGUAUGUCCUGAACAGAAGUCCAUCUGGGACAGUCCGCUGUCGUGUGAUGAUUACAGGACAUUCUGGCUGGACUGGUCAAAUGGCCUUGACCUUAAGUUGGGGGAGGGGUCUGUAAUAGGGGCAGGAUUUAUCAUGCAAGCACCUGUAUCAUCGGCCAUAGAUCAAAUAAGAAUAACAGGCACAACCAAUGUUAUCAACAUUGAACACCCAGAAACCUGUGGGAGUCCAGAACCGCCUCCUCUCAACAUGGUCAUUGAUAAAUAUCAACGUGAAUCACGAAUAUCUACCUCUGUUACGUACACGUGUGUCGACCAGAACUAUAUGUUCUGUGGCGAGGACAAUGUGGCUAACUGCACUAUGGGCGUGGUGGGAAACGAGGUCAAAGGUGAAUGCCGGAAAAUGACAUGGCAUCCCAAAGAAAGGAACCUUACAGCUCACUGGCCAUGCAAGGUGACCGAGGGGUCAACGCUGUCUCUUUAUCUCACAGAAAACGGGACGUUUUCUCUGCAUUUCGGCGAUUUCCGGAACAUACUCCUACAAAUAGAUGCUUCUUUUGCAAAUGAAACUUUUACAGUUGGACACCAACCGAAAUCCGCUACAGAGACCAAGUCUGAUAUAUCAUUGUUUCCUUUUACAAAGAAUAAGAAGUUCCACUUGACUGUGAUGUUGUCGAAUAGUCUGUAUAAGAUCAGUGUAGACGAUACUGAGGUUGCUUCCUACAACGACACCUUUGACUACAGCCAGGUCGCCUACGUCUUCAUCCAAGCAGACAAGGCCGAGAAUGUCCGCAUCUUUACACCUGAGAAUGGCUACAAAGACUGCUCGUCGGCCAUUGUACUGAAUGGUCAGGUUCAGCAAAGUGAGACGUCGGUUGGAGCUGAAGGGACGGUCACGUGUCACGCUGGCCACAGUUUCUGCGGUACUUUAAAUAAAGUCACGUGUUGGAGCGACGGCACGUGGAGGUUUAACGCUCCGCUGCUAUCCGCGUGUCAACGCAAUACCUGGACUGAAGUACCCGAGCUAACACAGGAUACUGAUUUCGGAGUGCCCUGUGAGUUAAAGUCUUCGGCCGCGAUUAAGCUGAAAGCUGUACUCGGGACGAACAGCGCAAAGUUCCAGAUGCAGCUGUUAGCUGACAAGGAAGCCGUGCUAAUCAUCAAGUAUGUUGUCCUGUCCAGCAGUUUGACCGCCAGCAGAGUGCUGGGUGGGAGGACUACCCAACAGGAGACUAUACAGAACCACGACUUCAACACCAUGGACAUCGACCUGACCGUCGACGUUACCCCCACAGCCUUCAAUAUUUCUGUCAAUGGGGUAAUUAUGUCGUCGUAUCCAUACGAAUCCCCGCUCAGGAGUGUGAAGUUCAUCUCUAUAUCUCAAGGCACCAGGAUCGACUCUCUGACCAUUUUAAAUUCCAAUUAGAAUGUGAAAUAUGAACAUAUAAUGUUGAUCAAACUGACCCUGUUGAAGUUGGACAUAUCGUUUUAACCCUACCGAACAGCAUGCAGUACCGCUCUGCACACUCCCGAGCGGUUGGGUAGCCCAGUGGGUAAAGCGUUCGCUUGUCACGUCGAAUGUCGGGUUCGAUUCCCAAUAUUUGGACAGUGUUUACAGUCGAUAUCUGGUGUCCCCGCCAUUUUACUAAUUGCGGCGUCAAACUAUACUCAUUCACUAUAUAGCUUUAUGUACAGGCUGCCAAUGACCUGACCGUCGUAUCACUUAAUGCGCAUAUACGGAGGGACAAAAGAAAGCAUCUUUUAUUUGCGAGUUUGCUUUUUUAUGUGAUUGCAAUUUGAAAGAACUGUUGUUUGAUUAUGUUUAUUUGAUCCUCCUUCAUUCCUGCAACAGUAAAAAUUAAUCUGUUACUGGGUAAUAUUGUGUUAAAACACAUCGGUUCAAUGAAGACUGGUGUAAAAAAUGAAUUGACAACCACAUGACCCCUGCCAUGUUGGAAAUGGAAAUUUGUGCCGAAAAAAAAUAUGAUGUCUAGCAUACCCAUCACAAGUUGUGUAUUAUGCGAAAUUAUAUUUUUUAAUUUGUAAAAGUUUUAAAUAUAUUUUUUUUAAUAAAACCAUAUAGAAGUAUUCUUUGAGUGCUGACUAAGCGUUUUGAUAUGAUAUCGCUAACUUAAGAUAUUUCCAAUUGAAAAUGUAACAUAUCAUAGCUGAGAGGUAUAAUUUGAACAGAAAAGUAUAAUAUAUUGAGCAUAGAUUUACAUAAUUAGAGAUUUCAGCGAAGUUAGUGGCCACCUUGAAUUUUCUACCACCAGGGGGCGCUGCUAAGCUUGGGCCCGUAUCCGGAAAUGUUAGGAAUGGUUCAAUGUGUAAGUGUGCAAAGUUUGGUCCUUUAAAACCUAAGUGCCCAAUUUUUCCCUUAACCGCCCCACUAUCAGUUUAUCACCUAUCAGGGUACCAAACAUUGACUUGUUUCUUGAGGCUGAUGUGUAAGUACCAUGUAAUCCGUAGUUAAUAAAGAUUUAUUUUUGAAAAGUCCA